ACUCGGCACGAGAUCGAUGCGCCCAAGAACCUGCGUGUGGCCGCCCGCACGGCCACCAGCCUGCACGUGGCGUGGGACAACAGUGAGGCAGAAGCUCAGGCCUAUAGGCUGGUCUACAGCACGCUGGCCGGAGAACAGUACCACGAGAUGCUGGUCCCCAAGGCCCCGGGACCCGCCAGCAGCGUCACGCUGACCGAUCUGAUCCCUGGCACCGAGUACGGGCUGGGCAUCUCCGCCCUCAUGAACUCCCGGCAGAGCGUGCCGGCCACCAUGAACGCCAGGACGGAACUGGACGGUCCCCGGGACCUGACGGUGAGGGCCUCGUCGGAGACGUCCAUCUCCCUCCUGUGGACCAAGGCCGCCGGCCCCAUCGACCACUACCGGAUCACCUUCACGCCGUCCUCGGGCGUUGCCUCGGAGGUGACCGUGCCCCGGCACGUGACCGCGUACACCCUGACGGACCUGGAGCCCGGGGCCGAGUACAUGAUCUCCGUCACCGCCGAGCGCGGCCGGCAGCAGAGCCCGGAGGCCACUGUGGACGCGUUCACAGGAUUCCGUCCCAUCUCCCACCUGCACUUCUCGCAUGUGACCUCCUCGGGUGUGAACAUCACCUGGAGUGACCCCUCCCCGCCACCUGACCGGCUGGUCCUCAGCUACAGCCCCCGGGACCGCGAGGAGGAGACGCGGGAGCUGGCGCUGGAGGCGGCCCGGAGGCAUGCAGUGCUGACCGGGCUGCUGCCCGCCACCGAGUACACCGUCAGCCUAGUGGCCGUGCACGGCGCCGCCCGCUCCGAGCCCAUCGUGGGCUCCGUCACCACAGGCAUCGACCCCCCCAGGGACAUCACCAUCGGCAACGUGACCAAGGACUCGGUCGUGGUGUCCUGGAGUCCCCCGAUCGCCGCCUUUGACUACUACCGCGUCUCCUACCGGCCCACGCAAGUGGGCCGGCUGGACAGCUCCGUGGUGCCCAACACAGUGCGCGAGUUCACCAUCACCAGGCUGCACCCCGCCACCGAGUACGAGAUCAGCCUGAACAGCGUGCGCGGCCGUGAGGAGAGCGAGCGCGUGUGCACCCUCACGCACACAGCCCUGGACAGCCCCUCGGAGCUGACCGCCACCAACGUCAGCCCCACGGAGGCGUUGCUGCAGUGGCGGGCGCCCGUCGGGGAGGUGGAGAACUACGUCAUCGUCCUCACCCACUUCGCAGUGGCCGGGGAGACCAUCCUGGUGGACGGGAGCCGCGAGGAGCUGCAGCUGGUGGACUUGCUGCCCCGGACCCGCUACACGGCCUCCCUGUACGCCACCAGCGGGCCACUCGCCAGCGACACCAUCAGCACCAACUUCUCCACGCUCCUGGACCCGCCCACCAACCUGACGGCCAGCGAGGUCACCCGGCAGAGCGUCCUGGUGUCCUGGGUGCCCCCCCGGGCCGCCAUCGAGAACUACGUCUUGACCUACAAAGCCGCGGACGGAAGCCGCAAGGAGCUGAUGGUGGACGCAGAGGACACGUGGGUGCGCCUGGAGGGCCUCCAGGAGAGGACGGACUACACGGUGCUGCUCCAGGCCGCCCAGCUCGGCGAGCGUAGCCGUGUCACCUCCACAGCCUUCAGCACGGGAGGCCGGGUGUUCCCGCACCCGCAGGACUGUGCCCAGCACCUGGGCAACGGAGACACCCUCAGUGGGGUCUACACCAUCUUUCUCCACGGCGAGCCCAGCCAGAAGCUGCAGGUGUACUGUGACAUGGCCACCGAUGGGGGCGGCUGGACCGUGCUCCAGCGGCGGCAGAACGGGCAGACGGAUUUCUUCCGCAAGUGGGCUGAGUACCGCGCGGGCUUCGGGAACCUGGAGGACGAGUUCUGGCUGGGGCUGGACAAUAUCCACAGGAUCACGUCCCAGGGCCGCUACGAGCUGCGUGUGGACAUGCGGGACAACCAGGAGGCCGUGUUCGCCGUGUACGACCGUUUCCUGGUGGAGGACGGCCGAAGCCUUUACAAGCUGAGGUUGGGCGCCUACAACGGCACCGCAGGGGACUCCCUAAGCUACCACCAGAGCCGCCCCUUCUCCACGCAGGACCGGGACAAUGACGUGGCCGUCACCAACUGCGCCGUGUCCUACAAGGGCGCCUGGUGGUACAAGAACUGCCAUCGGGCCAACCUCAACGGCAAGUACGGCGAGUCCCGGCACAGCCAGGGCAUCAACUGGUACCACUGGAAGGGCCACGAGUUCUCCAUCCCGUUCGUGGAGAUGAAGACGCGGCCGUUCGGGCAUCGGGAGGCCGGGCGGCGCCGCCGGUCCCUGUGGGUCUGAGGGCGGCCGUGGCCCUC